UUCCUAGGGUUUUGUUCUGCAUAUUACACUAUAAAAUCGAUCCAGUCUUCACUCAUCAGAUCUCGACUACCCCGGCUGCUUUCAAACGAAGGUCUUCAUCUAGGAUUUGGUUGAAGACCAGAACUGUCUGCUUUUAUCAUCAUGAGUCGGCCAAUGGAAGAAGAUACUGUUAAGACUGAGGAAGAAGAGUUUAACACUGGACCACUAUCUGUUUUAAUGAUGAGUGUUAAAAACAACACCCAGGUACUCAUUAAUUGUAGGAACAACAAAAAGCUCCUUGGUCGAGUGAGGGCAUUUGAUCGCCAUUGCAACAUGGUUCUUGAAAAUGUCAGGGAAAUGUGGACUGAGGUUCCAAAAACUGGAAAAGGCAAGAAGAAGGCCCUUCCAGUUAACAAAGACAGAUUCAUCAGUAAGAUGUUCCUACGAGGAGAUUCUGUGAUUAUUGUUCUGAGGAAUCCGAAGUGAGUUAACACUUACAUUUGUGAUAUUGUAUCAACCCUAUUAUACCAUUCCAGCAAACAUGAGAUUUAUUCAUCAGGAAUUUGGAAUGUAAUGUUCACUUUGUAAUGCCAUUCCUUCUUACCAAGAUUGGUGGAAGUAAUUAACUGUUCCCAAUUUAGAGCAACUUCACAUAGAACUUGUGUUGUAAAUGUAGAUCAUAUAUAUGAUGAACUGGGGGAGAGUUGUAACAUUGAAUGAUGUUUUUGGCUUCUAGCUGAUGAGUAUGAAUUGAAACGUUUGCACACUGCCAA